AUGAACCUUUUCCAACGGAGAUGGUUAGAGCUCAUAAAAGAUUACGAGCUGGUGAUCGACUAUCACCUGGGGAAGGCAAACGUGGUCGCCGAUGCUUUGAGUAGGAAGUCAUUGUUUGCCUUGAGGUCUAUGAGCACUCAGUUGUCUGUAAUCGAGGAUGGUUUGAUUCUAGUAGAGUUGAGAGCUAAACUAAUGUUUUUCCAAGAGAUCUAUGAGGCUCAGAAAGGUGAUAAAGAAUUUCAAGCUAAGAUGACUCAGUGCAAGACGAGUAUAGAAUCAGAUUUUUGGAUUGGUUCAGAUGGCUGUUUAAUGUUUCGAGAUAGAAUUUGUGAACCCAAAGACGAUGAGCUUAUUCAGAAAAUUUUGCAUAAGGCACAUAGCAGUUGUAUGUCUAAUCCAUCUGGGUAG